AUGCGACGUUCCUUGCUGUUGGUGCUUCUGUUUGCGGUGGUUUUGGUGCACGGUGCGAGGAAUGAUGGUGCUAAGAACGGCACAUCUGUCGGUAGUGCUACAUACCUGGAUGUGCUGCGAAGGAUAACGAACCUUCGGGGCGAUGACAUUCGCAAGAACCUCCGGUCGCUGCGGGAGCUCGCCAUACGGCACGGUUUGAUCCGGAUGAGUGAUAUGAACGAAGCGAGUGCCGCCAGCAACGAGGAGCAGUCGUCGGAGGGAGAGCAGUCCUCGCAGGAGUUGCCGAUUGAACCGGGUCAGCAAUUGACGGCCAUUGCUGAAGGUGAUUGUGGUGGUCGCAAAAAGGGCGGUGGAGGAAGCAACAAUAAUAAUAUCGUGGUGGCGGGCGGCGGAGGCGGUGGACACGACGACGGCUCCUACUCGAUCAGCAUUGAGGAGGGCGGUAACAAGAAGGGCAAGAAGCGAAAGAAGGGCAAGAAGGGCAAGAAGCACCGCAAGCAGAAGCGCAAGGGCUGGAAGAAGCACAUGAAGAAGGCGGUUCCGAUCGGGGUGGGUCUGCUGGCGCUGAAGGCGCUGCUGCUGCACUUCAUUCUCAAGAAGCUGGUGAUGGCGACGGCGUUCUCGCUGCUGCUGAGCAAGAAGUCGCUGCUGGUGUCGUCGUUGAUCGCGCUCAAGCUGCUGCUGCAGCAGCCGCACAGCAGCGACAAGAGCGAAAGCAGCAAGCUGGAGGUGGUGCACAUUCCGAUCCGCAAGGACGCCGGCUUCCACAAGAAGCACCAGCAGCAGCAGAAGCAGCAGCAGCAGCAGGUUCCCUCGAACAAGCUGAAGCUUCCGCCGGCCCCGGCGAGCACGACCAAAUCGUCCCUGUUCGACUCGUACGCCGGGCCGCACUCGAUCCAGCACGCGCACCAGCAGAUGGCCGACUUCGGCGGCAAGUACAUCCCGCUCGGCUACGAGAGCAACCAUUUCCACGGGUUCGACGCCACGCCCGGGGCGCCCUCGUUCGGCGAUGGGCUGCACCAGGUCCAGAACGUGGAGCAGUUCUUCGACGACGCCGACGAGCUGCAGUUCGACCGGCAGGACAACGGCUGGGACGGGUGGAGCGGCUGGAACCGGGGCGAGGAGGGAGGCAAGCGGUACGAGGCGAUGGCGGCGGCUGCUCCGACCCUCACUGACGCUGGUGGACCGUACGGGGGCUGGGGUGAUGUAGCGAGCGCUCCGAACGACUACCAACAACCGACCGGGUACGACUCGCUGAACCGGAGCCGCUACGGGGAGAUCCUGGAGGGGUAUGUCGAGGCGAGUCGGCGACGCCAGCAGCUGAUGGACAGGAGAAAGCGAAAGUUCUAG